AGCAAAGCUUAUCUUCAAUUUUCCCACACAACAAUGAAAACGUUAAUUGUGUGCCUAGUUUUCCUCUUCAUUUCCCAAACCCAAGGCCUGAACCCCAAAUGCAACACCCAAGACCAUGGUUCAACCCUCCAAGUGUUCCACAUUUACAGUCCAUGCUCUCCCUUCAAACCCUCGAAGCCGCUCUCGUGGGAGGACGAUAUGUUGUUGACUCUGGCCAAGGACCAGGUUAGGCUGCAAUAUUUGUCGAGCCUGGUGGUGGCUAAGAAAUCCGUGGUGCCUGUAGCUUCAGGCAGGCAGAUCUUGCAGAGUCCGACUUACAUUGUGAUGGCCAGAAUUGGAACACCGCCGCAAACCAUGCUUAUGGCCAUGGAUACUAGCAAUGAUGCUGCUUGGAUCCCUUGUAAUGGCUGCCAUGGCUGCUCUUCCAAGGUGUUUAACACCGCUAAAUCCUCCACUUUCAAGACCCUUGGCUGCCAUGCACCUCAAUGCAAGCAGGUGCAAAAUCCCAGUUGCGGUGGAAGCGCGUGCGUGUUCAACAUGACCUACGGCAGCUCAUCAAUAGCAGCAAACCUCUCACGAGACACAAUCACCCUCGCCGCCGACCCUAUCCCGAGCUACGUAUUCGGUUGCCUCCAAAAGAUAACCGGCAGGUCAGUGCCACAACAGGGCUUAAUGGGCUUGGGCCGAGGCCGAUUAUCACUUCUUUCACAAACCCAGAGUUUGUACAAAUCCACCUUCUCAUACUGCCUGCCUAGCUUUAGGUCACCAAAAUUUUCAGGGUCAUUGAGACUUGGACCAACCGGUCAGCCAUUGAGGAUCAAAUACACACCAUUGCUGAAGAACCCUAGAAGACCCUCUCUUUACUUUGUGAAGUUGAUUGGGAUUAGAGUUGGGAGGAGGAUUGUUGACAUCCCACCCAAGGCUUUGGCUUUCAACCCUUCCACCGGUGCCGGCACCAUCUUUGAUUCUGGCACCGUCUUCACCCGGCUAGUGAAACCAGCCUAUGUAGCGGUCCGGAAUGAGUUCCGGAGGAGAGUUAAGGUUGCCAAUGUGACAUCCCUGGGAGGAUUCGACACAUGUUACACCGUCCCGAUCGUGGCACCAACGAUAACAUUCAUGUUUGCCGGCAUGAACGUAACGCUGCCACAAGAAAACCUACUAAUCCACAGCACAGCAGGCAGCAUCACAUGCUUGGCAAUGGCAUCAGCGCCGGAUAACGUGAACUCAGUGCUGAAUGUGAUAGCCAACAUGCAGCAACAGAACCUUCGGGUGCUUUUCGACGUGCCGAAUUCGAGGUUGGGCGUGGCCCGUGAGCGCUGCACCUGAAACCUACUCCAGCAAGUUCAUUGUGAUAGAUAGAAAUGGUAGUGUAUUUCAUAAAGGGUUUGAUGUUUAGUUUACUAGCUUUGCC